ACCCUCAUCGUUUCCCUAGCAACCACAUAAUCUGGGACCCUUGUCAAAGGCUAACGGCUCACUUCGCCAAAACAAGUUACUCUUACUUUGUCGCUGUCUUCACAAAAAAACGCUUCUACAAGCUCUGAACCGUCAAAGAACGUGUUCAGUCGUUGGAUCCCUUUUUUUCCCGAACGCUGUGCGGUUCGUUCUGGUGCAAACGGAUUUACUUGCUUGCCAGAAUUGCUUAGGCUUUUUUUGACUAUAUAAUCGUUACUUCGGGAGCAAAUAUGUCUGUCGAUGCAGAACACGUCGCCGUUUAUGAUUCUGCGGACGAUGCCUUGCCUUCCGACUACUCGUUUACGAGCGAGAAGACACCGCUAUUUAUCGAGAGAGACGCGUCGUUUGUCGAUCAAAUGGACCAAAGUGCUGACGAGAGAUCGCAGAACAAUAUGGCCAGCACUUCGGACGUAUCUAUGGGAAACAUGUCGGCUUUGAAUGUCGCAACAGACCUGCUCGAAUCGUUGGACCUUCGAAGCAUGUACAUGAGGGGCUAUGGACAUAAAGAUGCUAUUAGCGGAGACGAAGAUGAUAGCGUCUACGAGAACGAUCAAGAGCUCCCGUCUUCUACUGACCGUCUGCCUCUUCAAGACAUUCCACAGCGUCCUAAUAGUAAGCGAGUACCAAGCCUAACAUUCUCGUGUAGUGGCACUUGCACCUCAGCCUCGUCGACUGAUUCAGCAUCUGAUGCGAUGUUGGAUGCAGUACAGCAAUACGAUACUUGGUACCGCCGCCAUCAACUUCGAUCAAAGUCUCUCUCUGAGGAGGUACUGUCUGAUUUCGACCCCUCUCGUAACAGUUCCAUGCGAAGCAGCUCCCGCGUUUCACAUCGCGGCAGUUGGGCUCCUAGCUGCCGUAGCGAAAGUGUGAGUAGUCGACGUUCCAACGUUUCUACCUCUUCCAAGCCUUUACCUCCCAUCCCCGCUGAUGAACCAUGGCAGCCCGAGAAUCGUGCAUUGCCGAACGUCCCUGAACCCGUUGCUGCUGCUGCUGCUGCUACUACCACUACUGUUGCUGAAAACGUUGAACAGAAAGAGCGUGAACCAUCGCCUCUGCCAUUUGAUUACAAACCUUUGGAGCCGCUGACGCCUAUCCAAGAGGCGGCUCUUGAAGACGCAUCUGAUACCACACCUGUGACUGACCUUCACACUCCAUUAAUUUCCCGAAGCAAGGUUUUGGCUCGCGUCGAGUCAAAACGAGCCACGACUUCUGAAUCCCGUAUAUCCCUGCAAGAGAAGGAGAUUCUUGAUGAAAUUGAAAAAUUCUAUAGCGACAACAAAUCUUUCCACUCCAUACUCAGUCAUCUCCAAUCAAACAACCAGUCUAGCGCACCUGCAUCUAGAGAAGCACUUGCUGACUCGUCUACGAUCAACCUUGCACGCGGUUUUGAUGCCGACGAGACGAAAUCUAACAUGUAUGAAAUGUCACCCAAAAGUGAUGAUGAAAUGGAGGAUAUUGUCAUUAAAGAGGUACCUCGACAUCCUAUGUCUGCCGGUAACAUGAGCACGAAGGUUGUGAGUCUUCGCGGACGCAUCCGUAGUAGCUCGUCGUUUGACAAUUUGAGUGCCAUCAUUGGCAGCAAUGAAAACUCCCCACCUAUGCCCCAAAAGCGUGUGGUAUCGGGUACGAAGCGUGUCUUUAGCAAUCUCACUCCUCAUCCUUCCACGGAGUCCGUGGAUCAAUACACGAAAAGCGAUUCACCGUACAGUUCGGCGAACCGUAGUGGUUCGGAUACUGGCACUGUCAGAUUUCGCUGUACAUCUGCUACAUCGGCUUAUCCCGACAGCAUACAUACCUACGGGAGUAUGGCUCCUCCCAUUUUGAAACGUGAUGAAGCUUUUGUACCUGUCUCAAGGUCCUUUGACAUUCCAAGAGCUCGUACGGCCGCCGGGGCUCGUGCUCUUGAUGUUCCGUUUCCAGCAACUCAAUAUGCGCGUCCGCAUACGGCAAUGUGCUGUACCGAUGCGUAUGCAACCCCUAAUCCUGUAAAACAAGUUACGAAAGGCAAGCUUUAUCUUCACCUUGCUGAUAUUAGCGAUGUUCGUUUGUUACGUGGCGAGCGCAUUAAGAAGUUCAAGUGUACUAUUAGUACGGGCGAACACACUAUUCAAUUGCCUUGGCAAAUGGUUGGUGAACAAAUGAAAAUGGAUCAUGAUUUCAUGUUUAGUUGCAGCGACGACAUGGUUGUUGAUAUUUCCUUUACGUUCACUCGUCUACGAACACGCACAAAAGUCACGAAAUCUGCAGUAGCGCACACACGCUCCAAGUCAGAACAAGUCCCCUCGGCUUCGCAAAAGAAGCCAAAGAAACGGGGUUUCUUCAGCCGUUUGUUCCGUCGUGGACACAAAAAGCAAAAGGUCUCUACCAAGGACAUUCGUCCUGCGACAACUUCACCUCUUAAACGUUCCAUGACAGCGGGCACUCCCGCUUCUCCUCAAGUCGCCGUCUCUACUACGGAGACGGAAGAGCACGGCCACUUGCGAUUGGAGUUGGCCCGCUUGCAUACGAAAUGCCUUGGCAAGGUGCACCAGUUGGCUCUUCCCAUUGUUGAUGAGAAGCAGGUGGAAGCCGCAGGUGCCAGCAAGUUGCCCUCGGAGUCGUUGAGCGUUCCCUGUGUGAUUGGUAGAAUCUCAUUGCGCUGUUUAUACGUGCCACCUUUGCACAUGGAUGAAGACGAAUUGCCUAACUCACUCGAACAAGCUGAAGCAGACCUGCAACUUGUAAAAUGGUCUAAAAACAAUAAGGAGGGCUACUUGUACGUUGAUGAGAAGGGAGCAUUGCAAAAGCGUUUUGCAAUGCUUACUGGCAAGCUUUUCGUUAUGAGUGAAGACAAAGGUGGCCCGGAACUUUGCAGCUUCGAACUUCGUUCGUCUCUUCUGGCUCAUCCGCUUGCUGAAGGAAAGCAGGCAGGCCCUAAUGGCAUUAAUGCCUUUGGCUUUUUAAUGUAUGGUCCUUCAGGGGAACGAUUGAAAUGCUUUGCCAGUUCUGCAGAAGCGAUGAAAUCCUGGAUAGACGCAUUAAACAAGCCUGCUGCCCGUGUAUCGAAAGCAUCCAAGUUGUGGUUGCAAAAAUUAGUCAGUGUCUUGAACGCCUAAUUCGUGUGUUUUCUGCAGUCAUACACUGCACGUUAAUCUUUUUCGUGACAUGUUCGAAAGCUUUCACAUUAAUGUUUCCCACUUUUUGUCACUCUUUUUUGUUUCUUUCUUUCUUAACGUCAAUUACGCACAUACUGAAUUUUUUAUUUUCGCCUUGGUGCACCAAUCCAUACUCUCAUUUUCUCAGUCAGUAUCGCUUUCUUCACGGUCUUGUUGUACUGUGUUUAUUGUUUCUUGUCUUUAUUUUUUCUAUUCUUUCACCGUCUUCGACAAUGUACAACUUCCGUUCGCCCUAUUUCCAUAUAACCAACCGACAAAGCCGCCGCUAAAGGCGAUGAAACUGCCGCGAUUUCUACUAAAUGUUACUUGAUUUAGUGUUUUACUGGAACGGUCUAGCUUUGGUAUCCGUGUUUUUCUGUGGAAACAUGUCUUAUUUGCUAGCAAUUCUAUAAUGAAUGAACUGA